UUGUUUUGAAUGUGAAAAUACAUAGUUAUGUUUCAGCGUUAUUAUAGUAAUGCCAAGUAUUUCAAGCCCCAAGGACCCAUUUACAUAUUUGUGGGAGGCGAAUGGACCAUCAGUCCAGGAUUAUUGAGCACUGGAUUAACCCACGAUAUGGCAGUGGAAAACUCAGGAAUGCUUUUCUACACCGAGCACCGCUACUAUGGACUGAGCUUACCUUUUGGAAAUGAGAGUUACCGACUGAAUAACCUCAAGCAACUAAGUCUUCAUCAAUCAUUGGCUGACUUGGCGCACUUCAUACGCCACCAACAGUCAAAUACUCCCGAAAUGGAAGACUCCAAAGUCAUUUUGGUUGGCGGCUCUUAUUCGGGCAGCUUGGUGGCCUGGAUGACUCAACUGUAUCCGGAUUUAAUAGCUGCCAGCUGGGCCUCCAGUGCUCCCUUAUUGGCGAAGGCAGAUUUUUUUGAAUACAUGGAAAUGGUCGACAAGUCGAUUCGAUUGAGCUACGGUCACAACUGCUCCUUACGAAUCGAAAAAGGAUUAAAAUUCCUAGUCAAGUUAUUUGAUGGCGAUGAAAUUCAGGAGCUGCUUUAUAAUCUUAAUGGCUGCGAGGGCUAUAGACCCAAAAAUCCUCUAGAUAGGGCAGCUUUUUUCAAUGGUCUGGGAAACUAUUUUGCAUUAGUGGUGCAAAGUUAUAGUGCUUAUAUACCCCGGCUUUGUGAGACUUUAAUGAGCUUGGAUUCCGGUGAUGAGCUGGCAUUCAUAGAAUUCCUAAAACUGCUUUAUUCGGAAGGAAGGCGCUCCAGUGAAUGCCAGGACUUUGGCUACUCAUCCAUGCUAGAACUUUUCAGCGAGGAUUUAGAUCAAAGUUCGGAAACUCGUGCUUGGUUUUAUCAAACCUGCAAUGAAUUUGGCUGGUACACAACUACAAAAUCCAAAUCAUCUGCGUCCCAAGCCUUUGCCAACCAGGUGCCCUUGGGCUACUUCGAACAACUUUGCCAGGAUGCGUUUGGAGCGGAGCAGACUGCCCAUCAAUUGGCCCAGGGCGUUGAGCAGACGAAUAGCAAAUUCGGCGGAUGCGGGUUCAAUCAGAGCGAGCGCUACGCUCAGGUAAUCUUCACGCAUGGCGCACUGGAUCCGUGGAGUGCUCUGGGCCAGCAAAAGGGCGACCAGGCUAUUGUCCUGACGGGCUACUCGCACGUCGAGGAUUUGGCCAGCAUCCAGGUGACGGACAGCGUGGAGAUGAAUCUGGCCAAGCUGCGUGUUAUGUCCUUUCUGCGACGCCACAUAUGAAUCAUACCGGGUCCUCAACCAGAUCCACUCGAAUAAAUUAUUAAACUAACAAAUGCGCCGUGUGAUGAGCCCAUUUGAAAAUGACAUGGGAUCAGCUGCUCGUGUCCUUUGGCAAACAAAGUGAUAAAUUGAGUGAUGCUUGGACACUAAGUGAUGUGUCUGGUCUGUUGGGUUGCGUAAACAAUUUUCCGGGAAGCGGCAUUCUUGUUGAUUAGGAAAUUGCACUUGUCCUUUGGCUUGUGCAUUUUCCUCUGUUUGUUUGUCUUGGCUUGAUUGGUUGAUUAGGGAAUCCGUUGAGUGGACAUCUACGCCUCCACUUAGGUGGUGCUUGUGGAAACUUUCUUGACGUGAAGU